GCACGCGCGUCGAGACGAUCUCGCGAAAGGUGGGCCACGCAGCCCUCGCGCCGGUGGACGGUACACGAGAGCAUCGAGUGCGUGUGUGGAAAAAAAUCUACGCCCCCCAAAACAUCUCAUCAAAAGGAAAUUAUUCCCACAGGCUGGUGAAACACAACGUGUAAAAAACGAAAUAAUUUCGAUGUGAAUUGGUGCGAUCUAGGAGUAACAUUGGAUUUUGGUGGGUUCGCGUUUGCUUUGGAUUUGUGGAUGUUUCUUGGAUCUGGACCAAAAACAGAACCAGGAAAAGGAAGCAGGUUUUUAGGCCAAGAGAGUUGUGUGUCACUCAAUCAAAACUUUUAUUUCGGAGCUCACAACUCACCGUGUGACGCGUAACGAUAACUCGUGAGUUCAAAAACUGGAAAAGCAAAAAUAUCUAACCUCUAACCAAAACUCAAAAAAUUAUUAACUGUAUUUUUAAUAUUAAAUUGGUAAAAAAUGGUAAAUUAAAUUUUGAAAAGUGUGAAUAAUUUUGGUGCUAAAAUUUGUAAACAAAAAUAGAAUUAACAAUAGUGUUAAGAAAAUCAGUGAGCCGUGAUCAAAGUGAUAAUGUUCAAUACUGAUAUUCUGUAACGGAUAUUUGGCAGAUUUACGCCUUGGUCAUUGCCGUGCCGGACCGGAAGUCUAGGGAGUCGGAUGCUUACAUAGAUCAAUGCAUGGUGGUUGUUUUGCCGACGGAAUCGCUCGCAGGAAAAUUAUGCAGGUAAACAGCGGGGCCAUAAUCAAAAUAUAACAAUGCGAUAAGUGAUGGUGGCGCGUGGAAAUUGCUGCAGCUCUUCGUGCUUUUCAUGCGCUUCGUGAAUGCGACGAAAAGGCGUCGUUAAUGCAAUUGAUUGAUAACACAAUGAACGAAAGUGUGUAAUGCUCAUCAAAAUGGCAGUCGUGCUGCGCAUGCGCGUCCGCCUUAGGACUGUCCUCCUGCUUACGGUGCUCGUAACCUGUGUGAAGAGUUAUGUCUUCUCGAAGAACGCCAAAAUUAGUACACGCAUCGUCCAAACGCGUUAUGGUCGCCUGCAAGGAUUGAUCGUACCAAUGGAUCAACAUCGAUAUCUGAAACCCAUCGAAGUGUUUCUGGGUGUACCAUACGCGACACCUCCAAUUAUGUCCAACCGGUUUAGCCCUACCAGAGCACCUAGUCCAUGGGACGGUGUACGCAUCUCAGACAAAUUGGGACCUGUAUGUCCCCAGAAAUUACCAGACGUGGCUAAUGAAACAGCCGCCUUGGAAAAAAUGCCUAAAGGAAGAUUAGAAUAUCUGAAAAGAUUGCUUCCAUAUUUGAAGAAUCAAAGUGAAGAUUGUCUUUACCUAAAUAUUUAUGCUCCAGCACAAGUAAGUGCCGAGACUCGCCAUCCAGUGAUCGUCUACAUUCACGGCGAAAGCUUCGAGUGGAACUCGGGUAAUCCUUACGAUGGGAGUGUUUUAGCAUCCUACGCCGACCUCGUGGUCGUCACACUUAAUUAUCGACUAGGUAUCUUAGGUUUUUUAAAUGCAAAUCCAGCGCCGCAUCUGAAAGCGCGCGUGGCAAACUACGGUUUAAUGGACCAAAUCGCCGCCCUGCACUGGAUCCAACAGAAUAUCGCCCUUUUCGGCGGCGAUCCGACGAACGUGACGCUUGCUGGUCAUGGCAGCGGCGCAGCGUGCAUCAACUUCUUGAUGAUUUCACCGACGGUGAUGCCUGGUCUGUUUCAUCGCACACUGCUCUUGAGUGGUUCAGCGCUGUCUUCGUGGGCCUUAGUUGAAGAUCCAGUUAAUUAUGCAGUCAAACUAGCGAAGGAGGUCAACUGUUCUAUCCCUGAUGAUGUGGGGAAAGACCACGAGGCUAUUGUAGAUUGUUUAAGAGAAGCUCCCUUAGAACAUCUGUUGGGAGCAGAGGUGGCAGCACCAGCUUACCUGAGUGCAUUUGGGCCUAGCGUCGAUGGGGUCGUCAUCAAGACAGACUUUGCCAAAGAACUGGUGACAUAUUUUAAGCCUUCGGAUUUGCAGAAUUUUGUAGGACCUGUCAAUGCAAAUAUGAAGCGGUCCGAAGCAAACUUGACCCCACGAGGGACAAAUCCCUAUGAUAUUCUCUUUGGCGUGGUUACCAGUGAAGCAUUGUGGAGGUUCUCCGCGGCGGACAUCCAAGCAGGAUUUGAAGGUGAACGAAGGGAUAAAAUCAUCAGGACCUACGUCAGGAAUGCCUAUACUUAUCACCUUAGUGAGAUCUUCUUCACUGUGGUGAAUGAAUACACAGACUGGGAACGCACUGUUCAACAUCCUAUCAAUACCAGAGAUGCAGCAGUCGCAGCAUUAUCAGACGCACAAUUUGUUGCACCUCUUGUUCAAACCGGGGAUCUCCUUAGUGCGAAACCUCCACAACCAGGUCAAGAACAAACAGGACCUAAGACAUUCUUUUAUGUCUUUGAUUACCAGACCAAAGAUGGGGACUAUCCACAGCGCAUGGGCACAGUGCACGGGGAGGAGUUGCCGUACAUCUUCGGAGCGCCUCUGGUCGACGGCUUCAACCACUUUCCACGCAACUACACGAGAAGCGAGCUGGCGCUGGCGGAAGCCGUCAUCAUUUACAUUGCUAAUUUUGCUCGAACCGGCAAUCCCAACGAGCACCACAAGCAGGAGCCAGUGCUUGCCGCCUCCAGAGAGCGAAAUCGUUUUCGAUCGAUCGUCUGGGACGAGUACGACAGCGUGCAUCAGAAGUAUUUAGAAAUUGGGAUGAAACCGCGAAUGAAAAAUCAUUUCCGAGCCCAUCAGCUAAGUGUUUGGCUUCGGUUGAUCCCAGAACUUCAUCGAGCAGGCAUGGAGGAUGUUGUGGCUCGUCACAAUCUCUUCCGAAAUCAUAACAACGCUGAACUUUAUGAUGGUCCAGUUCGACCGGAUCCACUCUCACGGGUUAGCUAUUAUGACCCUACUAUGGAGUUGUUCCGAAGAAGACCGAACUCCUCCUUGACUUCAUUGGAGGCCCCUACUACAAUAGACACUAUUGUGACAACCUGCGUCAAUGUUGUCUCCGGUGGCAACUUCAACCCUCAAACCUUUCACGGUCACAACGCUACAGCAACUGAUACACUUGCGAGUUUAGAAGCUGCUGGUUACGCGGCCUAUAGUACUGCCCUUUCAGUGACCAUCGCAAUUGGUUGUUCAUUGCUCAUAUUAAACGUGCUCAUAUUUGCUGGGGUGUACUACCAAAGAGACAAAACCCGCAUGGAAGUAAAAUCGUUACAACAACAGCAAAACCGGCAACAAGCAAACUUUGAAACCAUUUCGAAGCAUGGCCAUUAUCACAUGGGUCAUUCGCAAAGUGCUAAUGUGAUUGUAGAUGUUGAACAGGAUACCACUGCAAUGAUUUUGGCUGCUAAUAGUCAACAGGAGCAGAGUAAAAUGCAGCAACACCUUUGUGCUCAGUCCAUUCAAAUGACCAACUCUCUGAAGGCUCCACCGCCUAGCCCUAAUGUAAUGCAGCAGGGUAACUGCAUGACACUGCCUAAAAAUGCAAGUAACUACGCACAAAAUUACGUCCACCAGCAGCAGCAACAACAGCAGCAACAACAACACCAUCAGUGUAUGACGCUGCCUAAGAAUGCGACCAUGAUGAAUAACACUGCGUGUAUUGUAGCGGAAAUGCAACAACAGGGGAUUGUGCAACCUCCGAAUGGAAACGCAACAAUGCACAUGAGUGUACCACGGCCGCCACCGCCGCCGCGGAGUAAAUCCCCGCCGGAGAGUCAACCACUUCUCACGGCACACCAUCAACCCAACAAGUCGAGCAUGCGCGUGCCGCAAGCGGCCAUGAGCGAGAUGCGCGUGUGAUAACUUCCGGACGGUUCGGAUUUAGUUUAGGCGCUACUUCUAGAGUUGAUACAAUAUUAAUAAAGAUUGUCUCUUCGGUUGCAUUUUACCUAAUGUCAGAAAUGUGAAACAGGAUAGAAAUUUAUGAAACAAAUUAAAAUCGACUUUUCAACUCAAUAAACUCAGCAAACUACUAUUACAGUAUACCAAAAAGUUUUCCGAAACUCGUAAGCUCAUAAAAGUAAAAAUAAAAGCAAAACGCAGAAGGUAAAAGCAAAAGCAGAAAUUUAUUAAAGCGACGAACCGUAAUUAACGAAGUUUCCUCGCAAAGAUGAAUUACUUUCGUAUUUUGUGCCAAAAGUGCGGAGACUUUUCUCGCGCCGAAAUAAAAGAACAGUGCGACGAUGGCGAAGGUGUGCCGAAAUUGGAGCAUCAUCCGGACCGGCCAUGUGUACAUAUAAAAAAAAGAAGGAAUAACCCGAAGGGUAUUAAUUAGAUUACGUGCGGCGAAUCGACGAAUGAUUUCAUUAGAGUUCUCGUUUGUUUUUUCGGGGUUCACUCGCUCGCGCGUUCCACCAACUUGCUCAUGAACAAUGACAAUGAACAACACAGAAUAUACACACACAACUCACAAAACAAAAAGUGCUAAUUAUUUCAUAAAGUCAUUAUCGUUAAUGAAUAAAUUUCGAAAACUAAAAAACAACGUGCAGAUUGCAGACAAUGCGGAAUUUUGUGAAAUGGACAAUCGAAACAAAAGUAUUACGAUUAUAUGCAUAGAAGUGAACACUAAAACGAAACGAAUCUAAAAUCUAAUAAACGUUAAACAAUUGUAAAUAUUUAAUAUGGAACUAAAUCGACACGAAUACACUAAAUAAAAAAUUAAAAAAACUUUAAACGUACUAGCGAGAAAUGAAGCAUCAUGAAUAGUGGAGAAUCAAACGUAUAGUUUCAACUUUCAACGAAAACAAAAAACAAAUAGUCUUCUAGCUUUAAUUAAAACCAAACUAACCAUCAUACUGAUUUAUAAAGAAAAUUGUACAUAAACUAAAAUUACGAUCUCGAUAUCUAUGGUUUCAGUAUGGAUAUGGAUAGCGGUAUGAUAAACGAACUUUUAAUAAAACUAUGAUAUGUCAAAUAAAUGGAAACCCAAAAAAAAUCAUACACAAACCAAAAAACUGUAUAAAUAAUGAUAAGAUAUGUAUGAGAAUUAAAUGAAUACUCGUGUGACAGUAAAACAUACACACGAACGCCAUUGAUAAUUGAACUAUUAUAAAGAUUCUAUCAUUUAAUCGUUGUAUAAAUGAAACAAAAAAAAAUUGUAAUAUUUACAUGUUCUGUUUUCGAAGAUUUUAAACUAGAUGUCAUUUUUUUAGCGGAAGCAAAUGAUGAUGUACACGUAAUUAUUGAUUGGUUGAUUCAUUUUCAAUAUUGUAACAAAUACUCAAAUACUAUGCAAGAUAUAAACAAGAUGGUGAACAAGUUUUGAGAAUGGAUUAUUGAGAGUUGCAUAACUAUAGUCUGAACCACGACAACACUACAACAUAUACAUUCAACAAAUGAUACGGACUUGUUAAGAAACGAUGUUUAAAUAUGUGAACAUACUAAUUACAUAAAUAAAAAAUAAUUGAACUUUA